AUGCCCGAGUUUGGGAUGAGCGAUUCGUCGUACUUUGACGCUCCAGACUCACGUCUGGAGCACGCGACUUUUCCCCAUCUCACUGGUGUUGAGUGGGAUGCCCUAAAUCGCCUCGCGGCGAUAUCUGGAGAGGCAUUCGCUGUGUCGCUGAUGAGAUCAGCGACUCCUGAUGGACAGCGUCUCGCCAUACACGACUACAUGGCUCGCGAGCUCGCCGAAUACCAUUGGCGAGAUUUAACUCCCUCGCGGACUUCACGGAACGAUGCCGUGAAGAUGGAGACCUCCGCCUAUUCUGGCGAAGGAAAAGAACGCUUGUCGUUGUCUCGUUGGUUUCGAGAGGUCGACAUCGCUAUCGCCUCGAGACUUCUCGAGGCUCCUUAA